AUGACCUCGAUUAAGCUGCCCGGCUCGGACGCCGACCCCAAUGGAUACCGCGGCCACGGCAGCCGCGGGCGCGCCGCCUGGCAGACUAUCUUCUUCGGCCUCCUCCUUCUCAUCUUCCUCCUCGGCGUCACGGCCCUCGUCCUCUACCUCGUCUACCGCCCCUCCGAGCCGCGGUUCACCGUCCUCUCCGCCGCCGUCUACGACAUCAAUGCCACCGCCCCCGACACGGCGGCGGUCUCCGUCAGCCUGCAGUUCACGCUGGCCAUCCGCAACCCCAGCGAGCGCUCCGUCGUCAUCUACGACCGCCUGGGGGCCUACGUCGUCUACCGGGAGCAGGCCAUCACGCCGGUGACGCCGCUGCCGCCGCUGAACCAGGAGAAGGACAGCACCGUCAUGGUGUCGCCGGUGCUCGGCGGCGCCGACGUGCCGGUCUCGCCGGAGGUGAUGCGGGGGCUGGCGACAGACCGCGCCUACGGGCUGGUCGCCGUGAGGUUGGUGGUGCAGGGACGGGUCAAGUACAAGGCGGGGCCUUUCAAGAGCCCCUGGUACGGGCUCUUCGUGAAAUGCGACCUCCUGGUGGGCGUCAAGAAGGGGAAGCUCGGCCAGGUGCCGCUCCUCGGCGCUGGCUACUGCUCCGUCCACACCUGA